ACUAAGAGAGAGAAGGCCGGACACACCCACGUAGGAGCGCGGAGAGUGCGGGACAAGAAGCCACUCAGAACAAGAACAAGCGACGAGUAGAAUCCAGGAUAGCUCACACGGACAUCAACGAAAACAACCUUGUGUGGCCUUAGAGAGGAAAUGAAAGGAAAGUCGGUGCUGAAUUGAGUCUUCGCCCUUCCAGUCACUAUGACGGACGGCAUCGUGCACACGUCAUGGUGCUGCUGCUACAUGGGCUCCCUCGCCAGGCAGGUGUGCAGCGUGGUGGUGGUGGCGAGUACCAUGCUGCACAUUGGGCUGAUGCUGGGCUGGCCUGCCACACUCCCCUCGCUACAGACUGACAACUCCACACAGUUCAACGUCACGGAGAACGACGUGAAAUGGCUGGUUUCCUCCAUCGGGAUCACAGGACUGAUCUCCAACCUACCCAUUGGCGCGCUCAUCGACUUCUUCGGCUACAGACACCUCAUGACUUUCACACUGCUCCCCAUCGCUGCCACGUGGCUAAUGCAGGGCCUCUCUCCCUCCCUGACCAUGCUGUACGUGGGGCGGAUCUUGGGCAGCCUGGGAUUCAUGAUUUUCUCCACUUUAGUCAACCCGCUGAUGGCAGAACUUCUGGAGCCAAAGUACCGAGGCUUCUUGGGGUGUCUAAGUGAAAUCGUGGUGUCUAUUGGGAUGCUCCUGGCUUACCUGAUGGCUGAGCUUUUCACGUGGAGGCUGGUUACUAUUCUCUCUGCUGUGCCAUUCAUCCCAAUCUUCUUCCUCUCCCUUGGUGUUCCUGAGUCCCCGUAUUGGCUUGUGCGUGCGGGGCGUAUGAAGGAGGCGGAGGAAGCGCUCAUCACCGUGCGUGGACCUCUGCGGCGGCUGUCAGCGCAGGAGGAACUGUUGCAGAUCCAGAAGAGCAUAAAGGAGCAGCCACAGGCACGCCUCUCACAGCAGGUCUGGCACAUUUCUAAGCCGCAAAACUUCCGGCCAUUGCUGCUCAUGACGGCCAUCAUAGUCCUGCGGGAGCUCGGGGGUCAGUUCGCCAUCUUCUCCUACGCCGUGUAUUUCUUCCGCAACGCUGGCGUGCAGAUGAAGGCCUCCACGUGCACGGUGCUGCUGGGCGUGGCACGGCUCUUCUCCACCGUCGCCUGCUCCUCACUACUUGAUCGCGUCGGCCGCCGCUUCAUCCUGACGGUGGGGAGCUCCUGCUGUGCUGUCUCCACCGCCAUCGGGAGCAUCUUCCUCUUGUGGGACAUCCCGGGGUCGUCGUGGGUGCCUGUCAUGGCUGUCAUCUGCUUCGUGCUGGGCUAUGGGUUCGGCGUGGGUCCUAUUCCCUGGGUGCUGCUGGGUGAGCUGCUGCCCACGCCCAUCAGGGUAGUGGGGGCGUGCAUCUGUACGUGCUUGUACGCUACCAUGGAAGUGAUCGUGGGCCUCUGCUUCCCUCAGAUGAUGGACGAGGUGGGGUUAGGGGGAAGUCUGCUCAUCUUCGCCGCCUUCAACUUGCUGCUGAUGGUGGUAGUGCGUCGCUUCCUGCCAGAGACCGCCAACAGCAGCCUGCAUCUCCUGGAGUACGUGUUUAAGAAGAACUAUUCCACAGACGAGGAUAGAAUGUCGCCCCAUGAGCCUCUUCUUCACUAACGUCUCGAGGAUUACACGACCUAAUGAACAGGACAGUGACGCGUACGGUUUGAUACACAAAAGGAAAUGUUUACGAAAGACUUCUAUUGUCACCAUCACGGUUAUGUGGUCACUUCAUCUCUCUCUCUCUCUUGUGAUGACUCUGGGUGCAGCACAAAUAGACUUUUCAGGAUCAAGUAAAGAGUCACACGAACUGAGCGAAUCACGGGACGCUGAGAAAAUACACUAAUCUGGUAUUCAGUAAUCGCCUUUCUGUCGUUUUUGUGGAACUAGAUUAUAUAUGUAUGUAUGUAUGCAUAAAUGUAUGUAUGUAAGAAUGACAGAUAGUAUUCAUGUUUUUCAAUGUGUGCACCAAAGAUAAUGUGGAGGUGAAUGGAUGAAUAAACAAGUGUAUAAGUAGAUGAAUAAAUGAAAGAUUGAACGAAAAAAUGAAUGAAAGCCGGAAUGAAUGAAUGAAUAAAUGAAGAAA